GCCAGGUCCCACAGCUUCCCUAGCUAUGAGAAGUAGCUGCUGGGUAGGGCUUCUUUCUUAGCUCUUUUCAGCCAUGGGGUGGGGCUGUUGGUCUUUUGGGGGCUUACUGCUGCUCUGGUUCCUGGGAUCAGCCCUGGGACAGGGGGAGUUCCGCAGGGUCAGUUUCACUGUCUUGCAGCAUGGGUAUGAGUAUGAGUGUGGUGACUAUGGGAUGCAGCUGCUGGUCUUUCCUCGGCAGGGCCGCCCUGUCCGCUUCAAAGUUGUGGAUGAGUUUGGGACGCCCUUCGAAGUUACCAACUGCUCCAUUUGUCUCCAUUGGAUCACCUCUGGCGAGCAGGGAGCAGUGAUCUUCUCGGCUGGCUAUGCUGGCUGCCAUGUGCAACAUAAGGAUGGUCGUCAUCACCUGAGGGUCCGAGUGGAGGAGCUACAGAGCACCGGGACUGUCGCCGCUGCCUAUUAUGUGAACAUGAUCUGCCCCAAGCCCACUGAACGUGACUUAAGCCCAGAGGAGACCAUGCGUGCCGUGCCGCAGCCCGGCCUGGUGCGCCCGGGGCCCGUGCCGCAGCCCGGCCUGGUGCGCCCGGGGCCCGUGCCGCAGCCCGGCCUGGUGCGCCCGGGGCCCGUGCCGCAGCCCGGCCUGGUGCGCCCGGGGCCCGUGCCGCAGCCCGGCCUGGUGCGCCCAUGA